AUGGAGAACCAAACCCAGAACCUGGACGUCCUGCAGCUGGAAGGCCUGAACGUCAGGCCCCAGUUCUCCCUCCUGGCCUUUGUUCUCCUCCUGCUCCUCUACACCUUCAUUGUGGUGUCCAACCUGAGCCUCAUCGUCCUGGUGUCAGUGGAAAGGAGCCUGCAUCAGUCCAUGUACCUGCUCUUCUGCAACAUGAGCAUCAACGACGUGUUCGGCGCCACGGCGGUGCUGCCCCGGCUUCUGGCCGACAUGCUGACCCCGGUGCCGGCUCGCUGCAUCCAUUACGUCCAGUGCGCCGUUCAAGCCUUCGCCGCCCACUUCCACGCCGGCACCUCCCACGCCGUGCUCACGAUCAUGGCGUUGGACCGCUACGUGGCCAUCUGCUGCCCUCUGCGCUACGCCGCCAUCAUGACGGGCGGCGCGGUGCUGAGGCUGUCCGUGGGCGCCUGGGCGGCGGCCUUGCUCUCCGUCGCGGUCCUCAUGGCGCUCAGCGUCCGCCUGUCGCGCUGCCGGCGCUUCGUUGCCAACCCUUUCUGCGACAACGCCUCGCUGUUCAAGCUGUCCUGCGAGAACGUCCUCGUCAACCACGUGUACGGCCUGGCCAGCGGCGCGCUCUUCCUCUGCGCCUCUCUGGGCGCCGUCUGCGUCACCUACGCGCGCAUCGCCGCCAUCUGUCUGAGCAGCCGGAGCCGGGCGCUCAAAGGCCGCGCGCUGCACACCUGCGCCACGCAUCUGGCCGCGUAUGUGAUCAUGCUGGUGUCGUCGCUGACCCCCAUGAUCAUCCACCGGAACCCAGAGUGGGCCGACGGCGGCAAGGUGGCGUCGGUCCUGUUCUUUGUUGUGCCCCCGGUUGUGAACCCCGUCAUCUACGGCCUGCACUGCAAAGAGCUCAGACACCGGCUCCUCCGCGUGUUUCACCGGCCCAGAGGUCCGGACACAAACAUGCCGGGCCCACGAUGAAGCCCCGAUAC